GAUCGCUUUUGCUCACGUGACUGAUUUAAAUCCUCGCCGCCGCCGCCGCCUGUUUAGAGGACUGGAGGAGAGCCCGCGGUGUGAGCGGACGGUCAGAGAAGUGUAGUGACUUAUGAAUAUGUGAUGGCAUCUAAUUUACCCGCCACACCAAGAAGGAAGAGCGAAAAGGUAACGAGUGUCACAGGGGCAUCCUCCAAAGUGUCCAUGGACCAUUUCAAGUCUAAGAUGUGGAGCUAUUACACGAAGCUGGGAGACGCCUUUGUUGAAUGCAAAGUGUGUAAGAAGCAGUUUUCCUUCCACAAUAGCACCACGGGAAUGAGAGAACAUCUGCUGAGAAUGCAUAAUGUCCACAAUUCUAGCAUCUCUCAAAUUAAGGAACAUCCUGAACUGGACUUUCCUGACCGGGAUGGAGCAACAAAGAGACUGAGGCAAGCACUGCCCUCAGACAGCAUUUGUCCUUCAAUAUCCGAACCUCAGGCACAAGCGAUUGCUAACUUGGUCCUAGAGAUGAUUAUCAGCGACCUCCAUUCUCUUUCAGUGGUUGAAGAGAAGGGCUUUGCCCAGCUAGUUACUUUCUUGGAACCAAACAUUGAACUGCCGACCCAAGCACAUCUAGCUAGUAUGUUAUGGCACAAAUACACUGUAAUGAAAAAGCAGCUGAAAUUUUGUCUUCAGGCUGCCCCAUCGGUUGUCCUAUCACUUGAGAAUUGGGCUGAUAACUCUAAAAGAUCCUACGUCUCCAUUUCAGCAAAUGUUAUUGACAGUAACUGGCGGUUUUGUAUAUCCCUACUGGAAACGCACCCUGUUCACCAAGCCAAAGGGGACAAUGACCUGGGCGAGCACUUGCACUCUAUGCUGGCGGAGUUUGGCCUGUCUAGUAAUCGAGUGUUCUGUGUCGUGCAUGAUAAAUCAUCCAUGCUGUCAACUUAUUUCAGAUCUUUCAAAGAUGCAUAUGGGUGGACCAGCCUCUGCUGUGCUGCCCAUAGUUUACAGGGUUGUGUAAAAGUAGGGCUAGAGGUCCAAGAAGUGCAAGAAGCUCUGAUGGCAGCUAGAGACUUGGUGAGCUUCUUCCAAGAAGACUUCAAAGCCAGUUGCUUUCUCAAUUCUAAGCUGGAAGCUAUGAACAAGCCAAGGCUGGUGCUAGAUACAGAGACAUGCUGGAUCUCAACAUUAGAAAUGUGUCAGAGCUUGCUGGACCUCAAAUGGGCCAUCCUUUCUAUUCUAGAGGAACUUAAGGCAGAAAACCUGUCUGAGCAGCACUGGAAGUUGAUUCAGGAUUUGGUGCCAAUGUUGAAGCCUAUAUGGAUUGCUACAGUGUUCCUGCAAGAAGAACAGAAUGCUUCUAUCUCCUCACUAAUGCCGUGUCUUUUUGGUAUCUUCAAUUCCAUUGCACAAAGUUGUGAAGCUAACAACGGUGCCAUUAAAGCUGCUGCAAACCAAAUACGAACCGAGAUCUGUAGACACUGGGAUAUGUUGGAUGAAGGAAAACUGAUUGGCAACCCAGCAGUCAUUGCUUCAUUUUUGGACCCUCGUUUUAAAGAGCUCAGGUUUCUUAAACCAUGGGCAAGAGGAGAACUACAUGUAAGGGUCAGAAAUUUGCUUUUGGACCCAAGCGUUACUGACCAGCCGUGGUCUCUGACUUGUGUAACUGAAGGUAGUAUUGAUACACUUCGUCCCGUCCAGGGUGGCAUUCCUGAUGUUGGAUUUGACAGCAUUUAUGACUUUCUACUUGGAAAAGAUCCAACAGUUGCCUUGCCUGAAGCCCAUCACCAGCUGGAAAAUUACAUAGUGGAACCUGUCUGUAAACGUACAGCUGACCCUCUUCAGUGGUGGAACAGUAAUCAUCACAGAUAUCCAGCAUUGGCGCGAUUAGCUCAGCAGUACCUUGCCAUACCUGCCACUGCUGUGAAAGCUAAAAAUGUCUUUGGCAUGCUACAAGACACACUACAAAACCGAAAAGCUGCUCUGGAACCAAAACAUUUGGCACCCAUUAUUUUCUUGCAUCAGAAUAAAGACUUUCUAGAGUGGAAUCUGAAAGAAGUGUAACUGAGGUUCAGCGUCUGGGUUUAGACUGAGAAUUCUGGGACCAAGAGUUCAGCAAAUUAAGCAUGAGGUGCCUUUUUUUUUUUUUUAUCCUGGAUUCUAAAACCAGAUGUAGUAAUACCAAGGGGUCAUGUUCUGGCACAUACCCAUUUUACACGGUGCCACACUAUUCAUAUUUCACCAGGGGAUCUGGCCAUCCUACUUGCCAUCAAGUUUAGAAAAAAAAGCUGUUUGAAAUUUUGGACUACAUGUUCAUCCAACUCGAAAAACGGGCCCAGCAGUUGGAUUUUAAUUCAGAAUACCAAUUUUUAUCAUUUGGUUGCAGUCGACACGCGUGCUGCAAAAUACACUGCAUGGUUGAAAUAUUUUUAAGAAGUGAAACUUUCAAUAACUGCACAGUAAAGCACGUAUGCACUUAAGCAAUAUUUAACUCCUGAUCCUCAAGUGAACUGUUUAACAUUUAGGAGGGAGCACUGUAAUAUUUAUCUGUAAAAAGCUGUGGUUUCUAGUGUGUAAAUUUAUUUAUUUUUCUUUUUAAAGAAAAAAAUACUAACCGCACUUUAUAAAUUUGUACACAGUUUGGUGUUCUAUUUUUUUUUGUAAUAAAAUUUAAUUAAAUUA